CACCACCCACUAGAUGUCGCCGCCAUCAACACCCCGCCAUCGAUACCUCUCCCGUGACGAGCGCCUCAAGGUGCAGACUCUCUCUAAUGCUGGGCAUAGCCAAGCCUGGAUUCAGCGCCAUCUUGGCUUCACAAAGAGACAAGUUGCUACUGCAAUUUAUAGCGAUCAGGUCACUCCCACAAGACGUUCAGGCCGCCCACCUAAGCUCUCUAAUAAUUAGAUUAAUGAGCUCAUCCACUUUGUUCGUCAAUCCUGAGCCACCCGACAGAUAAGCUAUCUAGCCCUUGCCUUAGUCUUUGAGCACUAGGGAGCAAGUGAAUACUUAGUGCGCUAUACUCUACGUAGUAGAGGUUACACACGCUGUAUAGCCCUAGCAAAGCCUCCACUUACUAAAGAUAAUAAGAGGAUUCGCCUUGAGUAGGCUGAGCAGCAUGUCAAUUAGACUAUAGAUGAGUGGUGGACCAUACU